GCAGCGAUGGCGGCCGUACGGGGCCUGCGAGUGUCGGUGAAGGCGGAGGCCCCGGCCGGCCCUGCCCUGGCGCUCUCGUUGCCUGAAGUAGAGUCCGGUUUGGAGCGCGGAGAGCCGGAGCCCAUGGAGGUGGAGGAGGGCGAGCUGGAGAUCGUGCCGGUGCGGCGCUCGCUGAAGGAACUGAUCCCGGACACAAGCAGAAGAUACGAAAACAAGGCUGGCAGCUUCAUCACCGGGAUUGACGUCACCUCCAAGGAAGCAAUUGAGAAGAAAGAACAGCGAGCCAAGCGUUUCCAUUUUCGAUCAGAAGUCAAUCUUGCCCAGAGGAACGUCGCCUUGGACCGAGACAUGAUGAAGAAAGCAAUCCCCAAAGUGAGGCUGGAGACAAUCUACAUUUGUGGAGUGGAUGAGAUGAGUACCCAGGAUAUCUUUUCCUAUUUUAAAGAAUAUCCUCCGGCUCACAUUGAGUGGUUGGAUGAUACCUCCUGUAAUGUGGUUUGGCUAGAUGAAAUGACAGCCACACGAGCCCUUAUUAAUAUGAGUUCUCUGCCAGCCCAGGAUAAGAUAAGAAGCAGGGACGCCAGUGAAGACAAGUCAUCUGAGAAAAGUAAGAAAGAUAAGCAGGAGGACAGCUCAGAUGAUGAUGAGGCUGAAGAAGGAGAAGUUGAAGAUGAAAACCCAAGUGAUGCAGAGUUGGACACGUUGUCUCAGGUAGAAGAAGAGUCUCUGUUAAGAAAUGAUCUUCGUCCAGCUAACAAACUAGCUAAAGGAAAUAGAUUGUUCAUGAGAUUUGCUACAAAAGAUGACAAAAAGGAGCUUGGAGCAGCCAGAAGGAGUCAGUACUACAUGAAAUAUGGGAAUCCUAAUUAUGGAGGCAUGAAAGGAAUUCUUAGCAAUUCUUGGAAGCGAAGAUACCAUUCCCGUCGCAUUCAGCGGGAUGUGAUCAAGAAGCGAGCUCUGAUUGGGGAUGACGUUGGCUUGACAUCGUAUAAACACCGACAUUCCGGCCUGGUGAAUGUUCCUGAGGAGCCCAUUGAGGAGGAGGAGGAGGAGGAGGAGGAGGAGGAGGACCAGGACAUGGAUGCAGACGACAGGGUGGUGGUGGAGUACCACGAGGAGCUCCCGGCCGUCAGGCAGGCACGGGAGCGGAGCACAUCCAGGCGCUCGAGUGACAGCAGCUCAGACUCGGAUGAAAUGGACUAUGAUCUCGAACUGAAAAUGAUUUCCACUCCCUCACCAAAGAAAAGCAUGAAAAUGACUAUGUAUGCUGAUGAAGUGGAAUCUCAGUUGAAAAGUAUUAGGAACUCCAUGAAGGCAGAUAGCAUUUCCACAAGCAAUAUCAAAAACCGAAUUGGUAGCAAAUUACCAACUGAGAAAUUUGCAGAUGUACGGCAUCUGUUAGAUGAAAAGCGCCAGCAUUCACGUCCACGGCCACCAGGCAGCAGUACAAAAUCAGAUAUACGCCAGCGGUUAGGAAAAAGACCAUAUUCUCCAGAGAAGGCUUUUAGUGGUAACCCAGUUGCUCGGAGAGAGCCCUCUUCUGAUGUGCACAGUCGGCUAGGUGUUCCCAGGCAAGAUGUUAAAGGCCUCUACUCGGAUACUCGGGAGAAGAAGUCAGGUGGCUUAUGGACUCGCUUAGGAUCUGCACCCAAGACCAAAGAAAAGAAUACAAAGAAGGUGGACCACAGGGCGCCUGGCACUGAGGAAGAUGACUCCGAGCUGCAAAGGGCAUGGGGGGCUCUGAUUAAGGAGAAAGAACAGUCUCGCCAAAAGAAGAGCCGCUGUUACCAGCACCCUUUUCCCAAGAAAAGUCAAUUCCCAGGUGCUUAUUGGACAGCCUUCGAGGGGGAAGAUGAGGGAAGCUGCCAGCUCACCCUUCCAGGACCCUAGUGUGGGGCCGAAUCUCACGGACCUGACCUCAGAGGUGCACCAGUGCCGCCCAGGUAGAUAAGAGACACAGCAUUGAUCGCCCUUCCAUUCCUCCCCGGGGGAUUUCUGGUAGAGGCCUCUUACUGGCUGUCAGCUUGACGUGAAGAUCAAGAUGUUCAGUGCUGGGAUUUUUAGGAACAAAAAACUGUGACUUCUGGAUUUGGGAUUGAUUUUUGUGCUGGGGUGGGGUUGUGGGUUAAUGUUGAACAAUUUUUAAGUAUUAUGUUUAAGAAAUAUUAAUGAUUUAAAAGUUUAAAUUUUUAAUUUUUAUAUGUGGAAAUUCUUCCUGUUGGUUACAGGGGAAGCUCAAGUAGUGUCUUCUUUUGUGCUGUUAAAUAUAUAUUAUAUACUUUGGAAGAAGGCAAAGAGAGGAGUCUCAUUAUUUUUAAAUGACUCAGACUGUAUAGUUUGUUCAUUGUAUGUAGAGUUCUGCUUGCUUUGGGUCCACUAUAGGAAAGGGUCCAUCCAUCUGAGAUGGGGAACUGUCUGUCAUCACUUUAGAAGUGAUGCCUUAAUAUUUAUUCUUUCUGUUUCCAAGUUGUGGCACUCUAAGACUGUUUCAAAACCUGCAAAUAAGAUACUAGUUACAGAAAUUUUCGUUGCUUUAGUUUUAAACUCCUUUCAGAUAAUUUUCCUUCAAAAAGGAGAUCAAUUCAUUUGUUGUCUUGUCUGAUUUUUAUCUUGAAGUAUUUAACUUUGUUUUCCUCUGCAGGCUUAAAAAUAGUGUUUCAGUUCAGUUCACUUGAACUUAAAGAGUCAGAGAUAAUAAUAAGCCUUUGUCCCUUUUGUGAUGUCACCGCUCUUCACCUGCCUGGAGUGUUCUAUUGGAGCCCUGGACCCCAAAGAUCUUGGGGCUGAGCUAAUGGCCAUACUGACAGUUGAUUCCACUGGGGUCCAAAUGAAUCCAGAACAUGUUGCUAAUAAAGCAAAGGGCUUUGUUUUCUUGAAACUUGAAAGCUGCAACAAAAACUGCGUUGUACUGUAUUUUGUUGGUCACCCUGCUCUCCCCCUCCUUUUGGAAAGCUUAGGCAGAACCCCUGUAGGUUCCAGCUUCCUGGGAUUCUGAGAAAGGUAUGAUGUUGGUGUUCUGUCAGCUGAGACCUCAGGUGUCAGCUUUCUCAACUCUUCUCGCCCAGGGCCAGGUUCCUAGGAGGGGCAGGGUUUGAGUGCUGGUAGAGUCAGAGACCUGCAUGGCAGCCCAUGCUGUGUUCCAUGGACCUCCCUUUCCCCCUGGCAGACGAUCGGGCUGCUCCGGAGCUUCUGGCCUUGUCGGCACAUCUCAGCCGUGCUGCCCUGGGCUGCCCAGCGCUGGCUUCUGUUGCAGGUGGGAGAGGGCUCAAGGAGACAGCUGAGGGCAUGCGUUAGCUUGUGGGUAGGAGCUUACUUAGCCUCAUCCCUUUACAGUCUCCGGUUUUACUAAUGAGACAAAGAUAUCUUUGUGUUCAGGCUCCCAGCCGGCUUGGUCUCGCAGGGUUUAGAAAAGGCCUCCCUUUUUGUCUCAGUCGUGACCCUCCUCCACUGGUAGUUGAGGCCCCUUUGCCCCCGAGCCUUUCAGUGCUCCCCGGUCUCCUACUAAAGAUGAAGAAGACUUUGCAGAAGGGGGACAGUGUGUAGGUCUUUGAUCCACCAAGAAAAAUAGCCACUGCAAGCAGCCUGCGGUUCCCGCAGACAGAGACAACCCGCACCGGUGGCUCCAGAGGCUGUCAUUUGUUUCCCAGAGUUAUUUGCCUGCUUACGCUUCUUCUUUCUCCCCAGCCUGCACUCAGGCACUCAGUGUUGUACGGGCCUCCUGCAUGUCCAGGCCCUGUCUUUGGAUCUUAGGAGUGCGGAUGGGCAGUGAGGACAGCUCAUGGCACUCCCCAUCGAUGUGGGCAGCAGGGCGACACGCUUUCUGUAUCCCUCGUAGUCCUUCUGUGUAGGAGAUGUUAAAUACGAUUUUGCUGCUUGAGAGCAACUGCAGAUACCUCACUUCUAUUUCCCACUCUCCAUCUCUGGUACCAGGUUCCCAGGAGAACUUGUUAGAACCCACAGUAAGAUGUAAACCCUCUCCCCUGGCCCCUCUGGGCUCAUCCAGCAGAUCCCUCCCCCUGGUUCAGUACUGUCCGUCCCACUCCGGCUGCACAGCAGCCUCUUCACUCACCUCUGCCCCAUCUCCCUCCCCACUCUGCACACUGCAGUUGGGACGGGCUUCUGUGGUAUUAGCAGCUCAACUGAGACGUGAUUUACAGAGCAUGCGUUCACCUGUGUGAGUUGGACGACCAUCAUGAUAUUCAAUUUUUGGACAUUUUCAUCACCCAUUUAGCAGUCUCUCCCCGUUCCCUGUUCUCCUAGCCCUUGGCAGCUACUAAUAGACUUUCUGUCUUUGUGGAUUUGCCUGUUCUGAACAUUCAUAUUAGUGCAGUCACAUACUAAAUUUCUACAAGGGGACUUCAGAGCAUUCAUGGAAAAUGGAAUUGAAGAUAAGCUUGUUUUGGUGUAAAAAUUUUUUUUAGAUCCACACAUUUGUUUUUUCAUGAUAUGCAUUUUCCAUGAACCCUUGUAUUUGUGACUUGCUUCUUUCACUUAACAUAUUUUCGAGGUUCAUCCAUGUUGUAGCAUGCAUUUCAUUUUUAAUUGCUGAAUAAUAUUCUGUUGUAUGCAUAUGUCAUUUUUAAUUUAUCACUCAUCAGGUGGUAGACAUUUGUGUCCACUUUUUGGCUGUUAUGAAUAAUGUUGCUGUGAGCUUUUAUGUGAAUGUAUGUUUUCAUUACUCUUGGGUUUGCACCCAGGAGUGAAAUUGCCGCUGUCACUGUCUUUAACCUUUUGAGGAGCUACCAACCUGUUUUCCCCAGCCGCUGUGUCAUUUCCAGUGAGGGUCCCACUUUCCCCACGUCUUUCCCAGCACUUCCUGUUUGCCCAUGUGAAGUGGUGUCUUGCUGUAGGUUUGAUGUGCAUUUCUUUAAGGACCAUGACGUUGGGCGUCUUUUCACGUGCUUCAGGAUGUUUUCUUAGAGACCUGAUGCUGUUAUUCUUUUGCUUGAAACCUUUCCCAAGCUUCACCAUCACCCUUGGAAUCAAUUCCACACUUCCAGACUCCUUUGCUAGCUUAUGAAUUUGGUCAGGAUCGCUUCUGGCCUCUCUGGUCUGUUCUCCCCAUUCUCCUGCCCUUGACUCACUAGUUUGCUGGCUCCAUCUUGGGCUCAUCAGCCUUCCAGGCUGCACACACUGCUGUCUACCCCAGUGAUAUCGCCAACUCCCACUCUCUCCCACUGUGCCUCCACCUUACCUUCUUUAUUCCCCUCAUCUUCAAGGUCUUAGGGACCCUUCUAGGAGGUGAUCCUCAGCUUUGAGAGCCAGGAGGUGGGCCCCUUUUCUGUGUCCCAUGGUCCUGCUGUGAAGAAUUCUUGGUUUACUCUAGGGUUAGGUUAUAAAGUAAGCACCUAAGGUAAAGUUGAGUGUAAUCAAAAUUCUUCUUGGAAAUCCCCGGGAAGGUGCCAUGUAGAAGGCCAGCAUUGCCAAGAUGUCUUGUGAGCUCUGCCUGUGUGGGAGCAGCGCACUGCGCUAGGUGAAGUGUGUGGCCUGCAGUUAGGCCCUUGUUGUACAAAAGUCACUUAUUUUUAGGUGUCGGAACCACACUCAGGUGAGAAACUUGCUGUAGCGGAGCUUGGGGACUGAGGCAGGCCACAGGGGCAGCAAGAGACACAGGCUUGCUCGGUCCCGUCAGUGCUCAGACAACUUAACAUCACUGUCCUUUUUCCUUGUCCUCUUUUUUCUCUUUCAGCUUUUUCAGACAAAUACUGUUGUGUUUAACCAAGUGAUGUGUGUACCCAUGUACUGCCAAAUCACUGUACCCCCCAAACCCAGCACAGCUGUACACUGGACUGUAAUUUCCUGUUCCUAGUUUGUGUGUGUGUUAGACUGUGAGCUCUGUGAGAGCAGGGACCAUGUAUGGUUUGUUCAUGGGGCUUGGCCAGUGCCCACUACCACGCCCGUGUUGCGGGACCUCCAUAAGCCCGUGCUGAACUUGUAAACCCUCCGGCCUCAGGAGCAGCUCCACCCUCAGGCCCUGCGCCCUCACAAGCCUUGGCUUUGUUCCAUGUACGUACAACACUUGACUUUCCUGCUUCUGUUUCCUUUCUAGCCUGUGCGCUCCUCAGGAGCAGGUGUCUUCAUGUUCUUUCUGGCCUCCCACCACGCCAGCCCAGAAUAAGUAGCACUUCCCACUGAUGGCGCUGUGUACCCAACCCAGCUGGGUACCGUUGUCUGAUUCUGGCCGUGCUGAUUCUAGGUGAGACUACCUGAUUUGAGAAGGGAAGAUUCGUCAGGGGUGCAGACGCUAUUGCAUCUAAAGGUAAAAGAUCUCACAAGUAGACCUGAGUGAACCUCAAAUUUUGAUGAGCUCACUGUCCCAGCAAGUUACACAGUUCUGUAAAGCACUGGCUGGGGGAGUGUGCACAUAGCCCAGAAUGCUUUUCAGAAAAGUGCGCAUGGGCCCCAGGAUAGGAGAAGAGGAAGCCAGCAGGUAGGGGAGGAGCCCCAAGGAGGGACUGAUGAGCAGGUGAGAGGAACAGCUCUUUCCCACAGCCCCUCCUCUACCUACCGCAGUACUCAUGAACCCCCCAGGGAGCCCCGGUGCUGUCACGGUGGAAGGCUACCACGCACUUUGGAUUCAAGUCAGCAGCAAAUCGUGGCUUCGUAGGUGACUUAAUUGCUGCACGAAGAAGUUUGAUACAUAAAUAUUUGCUUUUAAACCUUAUGUCAUAGGAAGUAAAUUAGAAGCUACAGCAUUUUUUUUCUUUUAAGAUCUAAAAGGAGAGAAUGCUUUUGGUAACCUUGAGAAUAGCAUGCUCGCUUCGAGGCAGACUGUUACUGCAUAAUCUGACCAACAAUGAAUGAACAUCUAGAACUUUUCUUACAUGUUUAUAAAAUAAAGCU